CUCUCCUCCUCCUCUUCCUCUCUGUAGGGGGAAAAGGGAGCACUUCUGAGUCUGGAUACCAGUGCUGUAUGGAUAGUCAGGAUACUGGGGUACAACAUGACGGGAGACCACCAAGCUGUACCGAUCAUCCCAACAAGAGCCGUCCAAUGGCCUAACAGCACAGAAAACCAAACACAUCCUGCAGGCCAAAGCCCAGACAGGUUCAUGAGCGAGCCUCAUGGAAUCCACACGUCAUCGUGGGUCGUGGUGGCUUUCUGUAUUGUGAGUUUGUGUGUAUUGCUCUCCUUUGGCGUGUGCGCGUGGAAGAAAUGCCUAAAAAAAGACAAGGAUAAGAAAAAGGGAAAAGAGAAGAGCAAGGGAGGAGAUUGUGAUACUGAAAAUGAUGGUUGGUCCAAAGAGCCACUGAAAGUCGAAAGCAAGAAGGAGACAGAGUUGUCAGACAUUCAACCAAAGGAGGAUGAGAAAUUGGGCAGACUCCAUUUUACACUAGAUUACAACUUCACUGAUAAUAUGCUUGUAGUGGGCAUCUUGCAGGCAGAUGGUCUUCCUGCUAUGGAUGUUGGCGGAAGCUCGGAUCCUUACGUUAAAGUCUAUUUGCUACCUGACAAAAAGAAGAAGUUUGAAACCAAAGUACACCGGAAGACUCUGGAGCCCAACUUCAAUGAGACGUUUAUAUUUAAGGUACCAUACACCGAGCUGGGCGGCAAGACACUAGUGAUGACCGUGUACGACUUUGACCGCUUUUCCAAGCACGACGCAAUCGGGGUGGUGAAGAUACCGAUGAGCAGCGUGGACUUCAGCCAGUCACUGCAGGAGUGGCGGGAUCUGCAGAAGGCCGAAAAAGAGGAGAGUGAGAGGCUUGGAGACAUUUGUUUGUCCUUGAGGUAUGUUCCAACAGCAGGGAAGCUGACUGUUGUGAUUCUUGAGGCCAAAAACCUGAAGAAAAUGGAUGUGGGUGGAUUAUCAGAUCCUUAUGUGAAGAUCCACUUGAUGCUGAAUGGGAAAAGACUUAAGAAAAAGAAAACAACAAUCAAAAAGAACACUUUGAACCCUUACUACAAUGAGUCCUUCAGUUUUGAAGUGUCGUGUGAACAGAUAGAGAAGGUACAGGUUGCAGUGACCGUACUGGACUAUGACAAGAUAGGAAAAAAUGACGCAAUUGGGAAAGUACUGUUGGGAAGCAGCGUCGCUGGAACCGAGCAUCACCAUUGGUCGGAUAUGCUCGCAAACCCUAGGCGGCCAAUCGCGCAGUGGCAUAGCCUUCAACCAGAAGAUGACAUCAACGCCCUAAUUUCCAAGAAAUGAAUACCCAAGGGUGACAAUUAAUAAACUGACCCUCCUUGACGUCAACUCCUUUUCCGUUUAGGCUUCUUCAGUCUUCAAUAGAUAUUAAAAAUAUGAAUCAAUUGUGUAAAAAGUGAUCACGACUCAAACUCUGCAGACGGUAUAAUUUAUGAAUAUAGUGGAAACUAACAGAGUGAACACAACCUGUUCAAGGAUGCUGGUCAAACUUUGGGUCUUUCUACUUUAUCAUUUAUGUAUCAUAGUAUCAUUUUUGGGUUCAACUUUUACCCUCCUAAAAUGUAUUGAAUUUGCAGGAACCAUUUCAAAUAACAAUUUAGCAUACUUAUAGGACAUACAGUAGAUCCAAUGUAGAGAACAAGUUGCUCACAGUGUAGUAAAUCUAUAUGCCGUAACUACUUGCCUUUUAUUUUGAUUGCACCCUUACUGCAUAUGCACGGGAGGGGAGUCCCCUUACAUUAACAUACUAACUUUGAGGUAUACUGUACCAUUAUUCUAAUACGUUGAUGUCAAUUAAUUGACGCUAUUUUGUAACAAACGGCAACAACAGACGCUUUCUACACACUUUUCCAUUUGUAUCAGCUGUGCCCUUCUGUACGAGAACCCAAAAAUGUUUAACACUCAUGGUUUAUCAUCGAAUCCAUUUGAUAUUAACGGAGGGUUAGGGAAAUCUCUACUACUGGGAUUUUGUGUGACAAGAAAGGUAAAAAUCUCAUGAAGAUUUUGGUCAUUACAAAAUUGAGCUUGUUUGAGUCCCUAAGAAUGUCAAAGUUUUAAAAAAUAUUUACUCAACACUUUUCCUUUUUUCCUUAUCCUAUUAUGAACAUUAUGACAAUUAUCAAUUAUACCACUUGUGUUUUUUUAUUAUUUGUUGAGGGGAAAAAAUGUACUGUUCCAGACU